GCUCCUGCACCUACUCUACCUCCAAACAGCCUUAAUGACUUCCCUAUUUUAAAUAAAUCAGACAAGGGCAGAAAAACCGCCAGCGUUACUAUGCCAAUAUCAAAUACUUGGGUGAAUUUGAAUAAUUAUAAUAAUCAAGUAAAAAGCAAUAAAACUAAUAAUAAAAAUAGUAGUACUGAAGGAGAUGGGAGUAAUGAAGUACCUGAAAGUGAAAUGAAACAACAAAAAAGUGAGAAAAAGAGUGGAAAUAAAAGUUCUAAUAAAAAUAAUGGGAGAAGUAGCAGUUCAAAAAGCAUAAUCCUUAAAAGUUCUAACAUAAAUAGUAAAAGUAGAGACGAUAAAAAUGAUAAUCAAUUCGCUAAUGGUAAUAGUAUUGACGAUUCGAAAAAUAAAAAUAAAAAAAAGAAAGGAAAAGUAGUAGAUGAAAUAAACACUGAUAAUGAUAAGAAAGGCAUGCCUAAUGAUAAUUGCACUAACACAACUCAGGAUUCUAAAAGCAAUAAUAGAAUAAAUAAGGUCGAAACUAAGAAAGACAUCGAAGAAUCAACUACAACAAAACAAGAAGUCUUGACAAAAAAUGGAAUCGUUAAAAAGCGAUCUGAACUAAAAAUAGACAGUUUAGAAAACAACGAUGCUGAAGACAACUUUCCAGUUCUUGGUAAACCUAAACCUCCCCCGGGCUUUAAAGUUAAACCUCCGCCAGGUUUUAGUAACUUUGACUCCCUCAUGAACAGUAUAUCAUUAUACGAGAGUAUGUCAAGUUCUCCAACACCAAACGAUUUAACAUUUACAAACAGCUCUGGCCAAUCCUAUCCUAUCCUUCCUUCUAAUAAAGUGUUCUUGCCGCCCCCUGAUUUCCAGUUUCGGAAUCGUGUUCUUUUCGAAAAAUUCAUGUACACCCUAAAAGACAAUGACACUAUUCAGCAGUUCAAAAUAUUGUCUGAAUUGUUUCGAAGUGGAUCCAUUUCAGCCUCCAACUAUUAUGAGCACUGCCAAAAAAUGAUGGGCAACGAUUUCAAGGAGAUUUUCCCAGAACUUUUAGCCUUAUUACCUGACAUUGACAAACAACAGGAACUGUAUAAGGAACAUGCGCGAAAUGGAUCUACUUCCGGAUUAGAUGUUUGCGCAAACUGUCAACAGGUUGUGUUGGCCAAUGAAUUACGCCAACAUUUGGCAAAUCAUACGUUGGAAAACCACUUUCCACUUCUGGAAAGUCCCGCUAACAACAGCGAUAACGUUUGGAACCGAAAUAAGUAAAAACGAAGCAAUUUAUACAUAAUAGUAAUACCAAAACUGGUCGCCUUACUUUUAUAUGAAUAGAUAUCUUUUUACGAUUUUUCUUUGUUGUUUCUCAAAGAGUAUUUUUAUACUAAAUGUUUUUUGUUUUAAUUAAUUACCAAUGAUGGAUAUCGUUGUUUUUGUUUACAAUACUCGUUUCAAGCCACUUCUUUCUGUAGAGAAUAAUGAAUUAUUGCGAUACUUAAUAGUUCAGUACGUAAUAAUAAAAUAUCUUAAUCAGCGUCUAACCUUUUAUUUUAUCUGCAUUUGUUUGUUUAUCUGGAAUAAAUAAUUUAUAUGAUUGGUUUUUUUAUACGUAAGUAUCCCACCAUUAUUUCAGGAUCAUUACAAGUAUUAAAAAAUUG